AUGAUCCUCUUUAAUGGGUUUUCUAUGGGAGAUCCUGGCGCAGCCGAAUCUCCGGAUAUUGGGAAAUCAUCGGCUGAAAAUAUUGCAUUCUACGCUUCUAAUGCCGAGUUGCAUCUUAAUCUGAGACACCUAACAAUGCUAUAUGGAAGUGCCGAGAAGAUGUACAGGAAUUUGUGCGCCAUCUCAGAUGAAAUCGAAGAAUCUCAUGCUCCAAUGGAAAAUAAAGAGGCAGAGCUCGAGGGGUGUCAAGAUGCAAUUAAGCUCGUUGGAGAUGUAAUGCGUGAUACCAAAUAUUACGUAGAACUAGGAAGUAUGCUCGAUGAGUACCGAACCCUCGGCAGAGAAAUUAUGAGAGAAUGUAUAACUCCGGAGAGAUCAGCUGAACUCAAUAGCGCUAUGAGAGGUCUAGAACAAAAAUUCAAAAGCAAAGAGCAGUUUGCAUCAUACCUGCUGGCGUACGGCAUUGGCGGCUACUACAUAAACCUUAUGAGAGACGCGGAAAAGUUCAUUCUAAAAUAUGCAAUGUUAGAAUGA